AUGUUGGUAAAUGUCGGGUUUGACGCGCCCGCGAGCCCGCAUUUCACGGACGCUCUUGACGCCAUGGCCUCUCUUCUCGGGUCGGCUACCAGCCAAUGCCGCGUCCCCACGCUGCACGCGCUGCCACGUCAGCCAGCAAAUUCCAAUGCCGCUGGUCGAGCCCUACCGAGAAGAUCAUUGGCGAUAAGGUCGUCCGUCGAUGAUUCCGUCAACGAUUCCGUCAACGGCAAAUGCUCUAAAAAUCUGUCGCAAGAGCAUUCUCCCGCUGCAGCAGCAGCGGAAACGGGAGCUGCAGCGGCGGCGGGAGUGAGCCGUCGGUCAGUUCUCCUCGCUCCAGCUGCUACCGCCGCUGCCGCUGUAGCGCUGAGCCUAGGGAUUGCCGCGACAGCCGCUCCUGAAAGUGCUCAAGCCUUCGGCCUGUCGGGUCCCAAGGAGUGGCUCAAGGCGCAGAAGCGCAAGUCAAUGCAGUUUCUCCUCAACCCCCUUAUGGUCUCUUCCGCGCACCUUGCAGCUGCCAAGGCUGAGUUCGAGGCCUCCACCACCCCCUCUGAGCUAGCGUCGGUGCAGGCAGGAGUGAGGGAAGCCUCCCUUGACUGCCUCGCUCCAGGCUUCACUCCUGGCGUGGAGCUGUGCACGUUCAAGCUCAUCCUCAAGAACGCUGCCUCUCUGCUGGAUAAGAACGACCCCGCGCUCGUGCUGGGAGAGGAGGCUCUGCUCGACCUCAUCUGGUCGUACAGACAGCUGCAUGGGUUGCUGGACGAGGCACAGGGCUCCGACCCCCCUCCUCGGGAGUACAUUAUGGAUGCCUUCAGCAAUGUGCAAACUGCCUCGAAAUUCUUCCAAUCAACCAUCGAGACCAUCUUUGACACCCCGGUUUGA